AUGCCAGCCCAGCCGGCUUCCUUCUCUCUAUUCACAUCUCUCCGCCAUGAUCCGGCUCUUCGCUCCAGCCCCGAGAACAGCUCGGAUAUCGUGAGCUUCUCGCCUUCCAGUCCCUUCUACAUGCUACGCUACCACCGGGACCGCAUGCUCGAAGCGGCACAGCACUUCGAAUGGACCGAGGUCGCAAAGAAGCUCGCCGACGGCAAAAACCUCGAGUCUCUGUUGAACCAGGAAGUCGAAUCAUGGAGGAGCCAGAACGGUGACGCCGAAUCCCCACUGAAGGUCCGCGUCCUCUUCAACCGCCCCGGCGACAUGCAAACCGACAUCGCCACCACCCCCGCCAUCCCUCUCUCAUCCCUCUACCCAGCCACCUUCACCACCCCUCCCCCGCCAGCCAGCAGCAGCAGUAGCAAGCCAUUCACCCCCUCCCCCCGCACCGGUGGCGCCCUCCUAGACCCCACUCUCCCCCCCUCCUCCCCCAAACCACCACCACCACCAUCACCGCCCGCCUGGACCCUCACCAUCGACACCUCCCCCACCCCCACCUCCCCGCACACCCUCCUCAAAACCACCCACCGCGCCCACUACGACGCCGCCCGCGCGCGCUCCGCACCAGCCGUGCCCGGCGGCGGCGGCACCCUGCACGAAGUCCUCCUCUGGAACACGGUCGGCGAGAUGACCGAGGGCAGCUUCACGAGCGCGUACUUUUACCGCGGCGGGCGGUGGGUCACGCCGCCGGUGGGGGUGCCGGACAACGUUUCUUUUUCUUCUUCUCCUUCGUCUUCUUCUCCUCCUCCUCCGUCAGAUUCCCUCCCUCCCCCUCCCCUCGGCGACGAAGGCGAGCUCCGCUCGCCCUUCCCCGGCCGCUGGGGCCACAGCAUCCGCAGCCCGAAGGCGGUGCCGGUCGGCGGUGCAGGAGGAGGUCAGAGGGGCACGACGAGGCGGUGGGCGUUGAAGCGGGGGUUGUGCAUGGAGGAGCCGGUGGCGAGGGAGACGGUGGCGGUGGGCGAGUGGGUGUGGGUGAGCAAUGGGGUCAGGGGGUUUGGGAUGGGGAGGGUGGUCGAGACGGCGGCGGAGACGGCGAGGAAGGAGGGUUGA